AACCCAUAGAAUGCCAGAUGCGUGCGGGAUCCGGGAUUCUUGACAGGGACGACAGCCCAUGUUCUUCUAUCAAGUCCUAGCUCUGCCACUGAGCACCAUGGCGCUGUCCCAAAGUUUGUUUCUCAGCCCGCAGGAACGCCGACUGAGGGGAAUUUACUAGUCAGGGGGUUGUACGUAUAUAACGUCACUUCUUCGCAGUGGUAACAUCGUUCAUACACUUUGCUUCGUGAUCUAAAUCCCCUCCCCUAUCUACUUCCAUGGUCGAAACUACUCCCAGAGCUUUCGCGUCCAAACGUGCUAUCGAUGGCACUGAGGAGUUUUAUUCACUGUCAGGCGACGAGCUCAGUUUCUUCAAAACGAUGACAGGCAUCACCGACGAAGUGCUGUUAAAGGAGCAUAUCAUCGCUGUCCAGCGUGAUGCGUACAAGUCUCAUGCUUAUCCCUGCAUCGCUACAUUCUCUUUUCUGAAGCUGAAGCUGUCGAAAUUGCCCGCCUAUGAUCAGCUCAUCGCACUCGGUAAGGCUCGCAACAGCAUCUACCUGGACCUCGGAUGUUGCUUUGGGACGGAUGUAAGAAAGGCUGUACUGGACGGGUAUCCCAUGCAGAAUAUCAUCACUACCGACAUCAUCCCAGACUUCUGGAAUCUUGGCCACAAGCUCUUCAAGACAACCCCUAAGACGUUCCCCAUUCCGUUCCUCGCUGGAGACGCAUUCAAACCCGAUUUCCUCGAGGCCGUCGAGCCCCUCUACACCGCACCGUCUACACCCCGUCUCAACCUCUCGGAGCUGACGUCCCUCAAUUCUCUGCACGGUCACGUCUCCGUCAUAUCCGUCUGCGCAAUCUUCCACCUCUUUAGCGCCGAAGAAGCACAAUUCCAGCUAGCGCAGAACAUCGCCGGCCUGCUUUCUUCGGAGCCAGGCUCGAUGAUACUCGGCUAUCAUAUUGGCCGCGAGGAAGCGGGCGUGAGGGUAGGUCAAGGGACGGCGGGGACGGACUUUCGCUUGUUCUGUCAUUCUCCGGAGAGCUGGACCGAGCUGUGGGACGGGAAGCUCUUCUGGAAGGGCACGGUCAGGGUCGAGGCGCGACUUAUGGAUCAUACGACGGACCAGACAUACCAAAUGUUGGAGUGGUCUGUUACGAGACUCUGA